AAUAAUUAAGCCUCCAAGACUCUCGUGGAUCAGUCCGUUAUCAUCUCAAACACUGUUGCAACCCUCCUCGCACCCCUCCACCAACCCCUGUUUAGACCUAACCCAAUCGUCUAGCUGGCGCCUCCGUCCUCCUCGCGCCUCUUUGUGCUCGCCGCCCUUCUUCUUCCUUUCUCCACCGUUGGUCUGAAGUUUCUAUACAUAUAAUAAGGGCAUCCCCGUGGCCAAUGUGGAAGCACCGAGCCUCGUCCAGAUUAAAUACCGAAUCUGGUAACGAUCCUGGGCUUCACGAGCCCGGUUUGCUAGGACGCUCAAAGAAGAAGUCUGCUCUCAGCGGUUAGACCCCUAUCUCUUUAUCCUCUUUUCCCUCUCCUUCAUUUGGCUUUGCGCUCCUGGAUUUGCUUGUUGAUCUCUACGCCCUGGUUUGACGUGGGGGGUUCUGCCUGCUCCUGAGUGUAUAUUGGAAUUAUAUUGAAAACCGGGAUAUUAUCGCUUUUUUAUUAUUUUUCUACUCAAGUGCCAUCAUACAAUAUCGCGGCCAACUGUUCUCUUCAGCAAUAGCAAUAUCCUUGUGUUCAAAACCACCCGUUUUAGCUGACGAAGGACCGGCGUGUCAUUGUGAAUCCUCCCAGGCCUGUCACGCCCGCAUGCAUCUUCUCGCUUGACUCUGAAAUCAUUGCGUUCUUCCUCUCGCUCUGCCGACCGGCCCGAUAGCAGUCUUUCCCUUAGUACAUACAGCGCCUCCCCUGCUAGCCCCGUUCCUUACAGCAAGUAUUCCGAUAGCCAAUCGACCGCCCGUUCACGAGCUCCCGUGGAACCCGGAUCCGUCAGGUCAAUGGCGGCAAUGAUGGAGGUAAAUCGUGCCAGCAGUCGGAGGGAGAGGACCUUCGUCGGUUCUGAGUGUGCUGUUUGCGAGGAGCCGCUGGAACACAUGCUGCGGGGGGAACGUAUCCUGCAGUUCUCAUGCGGCCAUGUGUCACAUGAGGCAUGCUUAUAUGAGAUCCUCAAACAAUCCGAAACCCAAUACUGUCCGUCCUGUGAUGCUCCAUUGCGCCUCGACACAAGUCGGUGCGGUGGCCUGUUGGAUAUCGAGAAAAUCGGAAAUCUCAUCCGGUCCUCCACAUUAAGCGACGCUGCGACGCUCCGAAGCGACCGCACCGCGCCCUCUUGGGACCACAAUGCUGGUGCUACAGAGCCAGCUAGGAACCCGGAAGCAGCACUUCGAAGUAACGAUGCCCAGGACGCAUACAGCCAAGCGGGGAGCCGCGAGAUGGCUAGCCCGCGUGAGCCGCAACAUCUAAGGAGUCCAAGCGGUGUUACUGGUGCUGCCUCGUCUGCCGAAUACACCGACAGCCAGCAUAACCGGCGACAUGACUACGAUGUUCAGGCGAUGGAGUCUGACCUCAGUCCGCGACCAGCAUCCGCGUUCACGAAUGCAAUUCCUGCUCCUACAGUGACGAUCAGAAGCGAAUUCCCGACUCUGAAUCGAUCCCGUCAGCAACAACCGCUGACCUGUUUGAUCACUGUUGAAGUGCCCGAAGGAAGCUGGCAACCGGGUUCUGAAGACCUGCCACAGAUACCCGAAACCUCUUCCCACGUUCAGAUUCCUCGUGAAGAUCCCUACAUGGAUAAACGUCACCUUUCUCUGCUAGACGCCAGAAGCAUACCCUAUGAACCACAGGAGAAUCUAGACGAGAUUGCCGAAGAUCUGAGGACGCGUGUGGACAAUUGGCAUGGCCUCGAGUUCGACAGAUUUGGAAAACUUCGCUUGCACGGCGAGCUGCGUGUGGGCAAGGAUGGCGACUCCUGGCAGGAAUUACAAUCCUAUCUAUUUGAUGAAAUGCUCAUUUGCGUCAAAGAAAGGAAGCAUGCUGCCCAACAACAACAACAACAACAACAACAACAUCACCAUCACUAUGACGAGCGACUGCCGAGUCGCAAGCGCGGGCGAUGCACGCUCAAAGGUUCUAUUUUAAUUAAGAAACAUCUCAGCGCCAUCGAAGUUUCUCCAGAUGAACCUAUUCUUACCUUGAAUCUGGCUGUCAGGGAACUGCCGUCCUUCUUUCUUCGAUUCCAAAGCCGCAGUGAGCUGGAAACCUGGAAGGGAGCUCUCCUUGACAUUCAUCCAAUCGGGCGCCUGUCCCGUAGUACUGAUUACGAUGUGGACAAUUCGGGUACCGAGGACGACGACUAUCGAAUGCCACGAAAUACAAGACGGUCCUACAACUCAUCCGAAGGUGCUGGAAAGUCGACUGUUACGGCGAUCACCGAGUAUACAAACCCUCCAUCAUUGCCUGUGUCUACCGCCCACAUUCCUAUUGAUAUUGUUGUCGUGAUUCCGGUCUCUUCAUCCAUGCAAGGGCUGAAGAUUACUCUUCUUCGGGACGCUCUCAACUUUCUUGUACGCAAUCUCGGCCCCCGGGACCGCAUGGGGCUAGUGACUUUCGGCUCCAGUGCUGGAGGAGUGCCUGUCGUUGGCAUGACCACAAACUCAUGGGGCGGAUGGAGCAAGGUCAUUAAGUCUAUCCGGCCCGUCGGACAAAAGACUCCGCGUUCUGAUGUUGUAGAUGGCGCCAAUGUCGCAAUGGAUCUUCUAAUGCAACGACGAUCGGCCAAUCCAAUUUCCAACAUCCUCUUGAUAAGUGAUUCUUCGACCUCUGACCCUGACAGUGUGGAUUUCGUCGUAUCUAGGGCUGAAGCUGCUAAGGUUUCCAUCCAAUCCCUUGGUCUAGGCUUGACACACAAACCAGAUACCAUGAUCGAAAUCUCUACCCGCACUAAAGGUUCCUAUGUCUAUGUCAAGGAUUGGAUGAUGUUACGGGAAUCUGUGGCUGGUUGCCUGGGUUCACUGCAGAGUACAUCGCACCAGAACGCGAAGCUGAAGCUUCGUUUGCCAGAAGGAUCCCCUGCUAAAUUUGUGAAGAUCACCGGUGCCUUGCAUACUACCAGGCGUGCCACCGGGAGGGAUGCCGAAGUGGCUCUGGGCGAUCUAAGAUUGGGAGACAAACGGGACGUUCUGGUCCAGCUUGUCAUUCAACCGGACGCACCAUCCCAAGAAAACAUGCCCCAGGACCCUUGGGAGAAACUAGUUUCCGGAUUGGAAGCCCUGGGUGGUGGAGUGGAUGGCGAGGAACAACGUGUGCUGAGUGUAGAGGAAGUGCCCUUGAUCCAAGCUGACUUAACUUACGGUGACCUUCUACGCGAUGGCCAUCUGACUCAUUCUCCACGACCGUCGCUCUUUGCCAUUACUAUGCUCCCGCAUAAUCCUAAAGCGAGGACCCCCGGGCGACCGAUCACACCUCCUAUUCCUCCCCAUCCAUCUAUCGUACAGCGACGUAUGGAGCUGCUCACGUCCGAUAUGAUGAGCAGAGCGUUGACUCUUGUUUCUCGCGGGCAACAUGAUCGAGCACAACAUCUAUUGACCGAAACAAGAAGCAUUUUGAAGGGCCUCGGUAAAGGUAGCCUGCCGCCUCUUCCACCAGGUGCCGGAGGAGAGUCGAUGGGCGCGAGCGAUUCAGGAAGCAGAGGAGACAGCCCGUCCUCAUCACCGAAGUCUUCAACUUUUCCGGACUCUCACGCGUCUUCUGGCUCUAAUACCCCAACGAUUGCGCCGGCUGCUGCUGUGGACUCCCAUGUUAUGGCUGCCCUUGAUGCAGACCUGGAGGGCGCUUUGGAGUGGAUCUACCAUCCUGCUGUCUUUGCACGCGACUCGCGGAAGGCAGUGCUCCAGGCCAUUGGGGUGACUUCCUCCCAGCGGGCUUAUACAUUCCGAACGGCCUCAGAAGCUUACUGGGCUCGUCGAAUUACAGGAAUCCGGAGAUUAGCCGAGCAAUCGAAGGAGUGGCGCCAAACUGGUCAUGACUUGUUGGUGGAAGAGUGAACAAACAAUCUGUUCUAUAUUCUGCCUCUCUUCGUCACUUCUCUUCCUUUCCCCUUUUUUAUUUUUUUUAUUCUAAUGAUACCACUUUGUUGCCAUCGCUGUGUGCAGCCUUGAUACCUUUAUACCCAACCUUUGACUCAUUAUUCUGAUUUAUGUUUCUUUUACUUUUUUGGACUAUUACUCCUCCCUUUUCUUCGAUAAAAUAAACCACGUGACGAUUCAAUUCUCUCUUCUCUAUUUUUAUUUUAUUUACUUUUACCUUUAUUUUUAUUUUUUGAUGUAUGAUUGACGCAUUAUUGAUGGUAUAUACAAACUGUUUGGAUAAUUGGCUCUUUCCCUGUUGUUCAAAAUAAUAAAUCCAUCUUGCAUGCCUUUGACAAUCUAUCCAUAUAACUUAACUGCUUAUCUUGGCUCUGUGUCACCUUCGCAUUAUGAAGUUGACAAUGUGUGGUCUAGCAAUUUCUGGUAAACAACAAGCGUCUGGUAUGAGUAAUGACUAUUUGCUC